UCCUUAGCGCCCAGCCCUCUGCCUCCCCUCGCCUGCCAUGCUGCCUCCUCGUCCAUGGCCGGCUGAGCCCGCCACACCUGGUGAGCGGUGAUCCGGCACGGAAAGCUGCUCGUCCCCGCGGACGCCUGCUUUAUCAAUGCGCCAUGGCACCGAUCCUGCCGUCCAACCGACGAUCAGGUCUGGUACCACCGGUUCCCCUCUCCAUUUCUACCCUCGCUCUCCCCGUGCGACCAGCUCUUCUUCCGAUCGCCUCCCUCCCUCUCUGUACCGUACCUGUCGUCCUUUGCGGUGAGCCCGACGCCGGCUCUGUCGACCUCCCGGCCUCCAGCGACCUCCGUGCGGCGUCAGAUCUCCGACCUGUCGUGCAGAGCGAGAGCUAGAGCUAGAGCCAGAGUCUCCGUCUCCGUCUACGCCAAGCGACCAGACCAAAACCUACAAGAUGUUCGGCUCCAGCCCGAGAUCUACAAUCUGGGCCGCCGUGGCCGCCACGGCGCCUCUGCUGCUCCUCAGCCACCUCGCUCCCAGCGCGACGGCGCUGUACGUGACCGAGGGCUCGCCGUGCUGGGACGUGUGUAAUAAUCCGACCAACACGACCUCGUCCGAGAUCGUCUGUCUCGACGACGAGUACAACAGCACCACCACCGGCCAGGACUUCCAGAAGUGCGUCUCGUGCGCCCUCGAGAGCAACUACACCGCGUCGGACUCGUGGCUGACCGACGUCGACUGGGGGUUGUACAACCUCCGCUUUGCCUUCAGCUCAUGCGUGUACGGCUACCCGGAGAGCGUGGUCAGCAUGUCCACGCCGUGUCUGGUCUCGUGUCUGGGAUUAGACACCUCCAUCGAGUUCAACCUGCUCGAUCCCAACGAUAUCAACAUCAACGCCUGGUGCGCGACGUCCUCGUUCGCCAAUAACCAGAUCGACACCUGCAGCGUCUGCUACAAUCUGACCGGUACCCAGGUGUACAUGGCCAACUUCAUCCAAGCCCUCCGCUACGACUGCAAUUACCCCGUCCCCACGGGGACCGCCUUCCCCAUCAGCCCGUCUCUCAUCUUCUCCGAAUCCGCCCUCCCCUCCUACUCCUCUAACCUCCUCUCCACGUCCAAAAAGGGCUUCGACUACAAACUCGCCACGCUCGUCGGCCUCCCCGUCAUGGGCUUCGUCAUCCUCGUCAUCCUCUCCACCAUGUGCUGCAUGUGCGGCUUCAGCUGGUAUCGCCGCAUGUCCCGCGAAGACGAGGAACUGCGCGAGUGGAAGACCAUGGCCGCGGAGCGCACCUGGGAGGAUUAUCCCCCGCAGGAGAUGUAUCCGGCCAGCAUGUAUCAGCAGGCGCAGACGCAGCAGCAGCAGCAGCAGCAGCAGCAGCAGGCGCAGAUGCAAAUGCAGGGGCAGCAGUAUGGGCCUGGGUUUCAGGUCGUAGAGCCGGAUGGUCGCACCCAUGAAGCGGGGUUUUCGAAGACGAUGGUCACUGAGACGGUGACCUCGUCGACGGGGAUCUCGCCCGUUGAGAAGGGGAAGGGCGCGGAGACUGGGACUGGGACUGAGCAGGGGUAUUUUCCGGGGGAUGUGAAGGUGUAGGUGUUUCUGUUGCUGCUUCUGUUGCUGUUGGAGUUGGUGUGUGGUAGAUGGGGGUGAUGUUGAUGGUGAUGUUGAUGGUGAUGCUGUCAAUGACCUGUUCUGUUUCAUCCUGUUUCCUUGGUUUUCUUUUGCUCGUGGUUUUUGAUGAUCCAGUGAUUAAUGAGGAAUAUACCCCGCCCUGCCCACCACGCAUGCACAUAGCAUACUCAUACUCAUAGUACUCAUAGCAUAGUAUUUAUAUGAAUCCGUCCUGUUGCACACUUG